CGCCGUUAUUCCUCCGAAUUCUCCGACGGUAGCAUCAUCUCCUCUCUUUCCGCUUUGAUAUCUGGAUGACGCUAGGGUUGUUAUCAGCGAUCGGAAGAUCAUUCCGAAGAAAGCGAGCGUCUUCGCUUGAUAUUCUCUCUCCCAAACGAGCUCCAAGAAACUUCUACAAGGGCAAAAACUGCAAACCUACUGGUUUCCACACCGGAAAAGGACAAUAUGUUGUGCAGCCACAUAAAUUGCCAAACUACGUAAUCCCUGAUCUCACUGGCUUUAAGCUGAAACCAUAUGUGUCUCAGUGCCCUGUGGAGGUCAACAAAACAACUGAAGCUUCCAAGUGAACAUGUCAGAAGAAAUAUGUUUUUUUGAGUCUUAAUAAGCUUAAAGGUAAGGAAUGUGUUUUGCGGAAUUCGUAUUCUAUAAUCUUUGAAUCAUUUGUUUUCUUCAAGGACUUACAAGCAACUUUUGAGUUGAUGUUUUCUUUCUCUACCAUAUCAGAAUUAGAACAUUUGAUAAGCAUAGAGAUAAAUCUCAUCUUGUUGUUAUCGGAAUCAAUGAACAAACUGCAGAGAUUUAUUUAUUAGUGUCAUGGUCCACUUGUUUUGCUACAAACGCAG